AUGUAAUACCAAUAAUACAGCAUGGCUGAAACUAUUAGGCAUAGAGACUCUGUAUUUAAUGAUGGACAAAGUCUUUGGUGUUAUAAUUUGUAGAAUCUUUUUAAGUAAAAAAACUCAAGAACAUUUUUUGUAAAAACAUAAAAUAAAUCAAAAACCAAAAAUUUGACUUUAGGAGAAUCUCAUAUUUAAUAUUCUAAGCAAGUAUUAAUUAAAAACAAUAAUAGAAAUAUAUCAGUCUAGUGAAUUCCUUUCUGAAAAUUUUAUUUAAGUAAAAUGAGAUGAUUGGAUUUGUUUUGGAAAAGAAUGAUUAAACAAUAGAAAUAUAUGGAGAUACUUAAGAAUGGAUAGAUUCCUUUAAAAAUUUAACAAUAUAAUUAGAUUUUACUUCUUCAUAUAAGAUUGUUAAGAAAAUUGGUCAAGGAAUAGCAGCAUAAGUUUAUUAAGCUACAAAUAAAACAAAUAAACUAAAUUUUGCAGCCAAGAUCUUUGAAAAGAAGAGAAUUCUGUUAGAAGAAACAGAAAUUAUAGCUAUUAAUAAAGAAUUGCAUUAUUUAAGAUUAUUAUAACAUNGUGAUUUUGUGUUAAUUUUGUCAUUAUUUAAUUGGAUUUCAGAGAUUUUUCAUAUGCUAAUACACGAUAUAUAUAUUAUUUCUUAAAUUAUUUAAAAUACUAUUAAACAAUAUUUUACUUGA